ACUCGUAGUAGGCUAUGCUACGCGCGCUUGUAAUUUAGGGGAUAAAUAGCCUAACCCUGAUGAUAAAAUAUUACAGAAUAGUGCACAUUGACAACAGUUGCCGUCAUGACUCUUUUGCGGAUUUUUCUUCUGACGGUACUGUGUUCAUUUGCGCGAAAUGAAAAGAUCAAUCCUGCUGUCGCUGAUGAGCAGCUGCUCUGGGUCGGUGGUCAAACUGGAGAAGUCCACACCUACAGGAUUCCCCUGCUCACAUUCACUUCUCAGGGGAGUCUGCUGGCUUUUGCAGAGGCCCGGAAGAUGUCCUUCAAAGACAUCGGAGCCAAAUUCAUAGCUUUAAGACGGUCCACAGACAAAGGUGCCACUUGGUCUCCAACCUCAUUCAUAGUGGACGAUGGUUCUCUAGCAGAUGGGCUGAACUUAGGUUCGGUAGUUGUGGAUGAGGAAACUGGUGCUGUAAUACUCAUCUACUCAUUGUGCUUCCACCGUCACCAUUGCAACCGCUCCAGCACCAUGAUGGUGCAGAGCUUGGAUGACGGAUUCACCUGGAGCGCCCCACGAAACCUCAACCCUCAACUGGGGCUCAAUAGUUUUGCUCCUGGACCUGGCUUCGGUAUACAGAAACAUCAUCCUCCUGCUAUUGGGCGCUUGGUGGUGUGUGGCCACGGCAGCAUCGCUGGAGACGGAGUGUUUUGUAUCCUGAGUGAUGAUAAUGGAAACACAUGGAGAUACGGAGCUGAACUGAAGAGUAUUCCAUACAACCAGCCCAAGAACGACCUCGACUUUGACCCAGAUGAGUGUCAGCCAGUGGAGCUGGAUGACGGCAGUAUCGUGAUCAAUGUGCGUAACAAUAAAAACUAUCACUGCCGUUGUCGUAUGGUUGCACGCAGUCUGGAUGGAGGGGAGUCUCUGCCGGUGGAGGAACUGGUGUUUGAUCACACACUGGAAGAUCCUGCUGUUGCAGCUGGAGCUUUAGAGAAGGAUGGAGUGCUCUACUUCACCAACCCAGCCAACUCUAAAAGCAGGGUGAACCUGACUCUUCGCUGGUCUCUGAAUCACGGUAAAUCAUGGGUGAAAGAUUCUCUGAAGAUCUGGGCCGGGCCAAGUGGAUACUCCUGUAUGACAUCACUUAAAGGCAAGGAAACUGAGGAUCAGAAAUACAUCUAUGUCAUCUUUGAGAAAGGACAGAAAGACUAUUUUGAGUCUGUCUCCUUUGUGAAAAUUGACUUGUACAGUGUCAGUGACCAAUGAAGAAAGGCAUUGAUGGGCUAAUUUUUUCGUAUCUAAAUAAAUGCUGAUUUUAAUAAAACUAAAAUCACUGUCAUUUGCCUCUACUCACCUGUCAUAUCUUUUAGAUUGAUUGAAUCAGGCUUGUGCACAAUUCAGAAUUGAAUUGAGAAUGACUUCUGAAUUCCAAUUCAAUUUUGAAUUUGAAUUGAUGUCGAAAACAGGAUCUAGAAUUACAUUUCGAAUUUGAAUUAAAGGAAGCAGAUAAAAAUUCGAAGAAAUUCAUAUAGAUAUUUUAAGUGUAAUGUUUUCCCCCAGCUCUAGUCACAGAACAAAUAUUGUAAUUAAGUGGAACAUGAUGGGACAUGACUCCAUUUCCCAGAAUUACUUUAAUAAAUCUUUAGGGGGGAAAAAAUGUUUUUUGAGGCGGACAGAAUACUUUUAAAUACCUCCACACAUGCCAGCAUGACAAAACUUGGUGUAUUUACUAGUUGUCAUUUCAACAAUAUAGAG